GGCUCCUCAGAGCCCAUCUUCCCAGCUGAUUCACAUGGGCAUCUCUCCAGCUUGGGUGAAACAUCACCAUCCACAGGCCCUCUCCUGGGGCAGCCCAUUUCCUCCAGCAAAACAGCUGCAAACGCCACAGCAAACCUCCUGCAAGGCUGGCAGCAGUGGCAAACAUCCGCGGUCUUCUGGGCACCCAGAGGUUUCCGUUCUGCCCUCUGGGCUGGCAGGCUCACCUUUCACCUGAAGUGCUCUCUCCUGUGCCCUGAGGUGCCCUCAGCUAUGCCACAUGCUCCUGGGUGAGGCUGAGGUGGAGGAGGUGCUUUCAUGGAGAUGCCAAGAGUCUCUGUUUCUAGGAAUGGAAUCUAGGUUGGGUGUGUUACAAAGGUGUUUAAGGAGAUAAAGGCUCUCAUUUCAGCAAGAGAUUUGGAAGGCAUUGUACCACAGCAGAGUGCUCCUUGAAGAAAGAGAUGGGAAUUAAUGUGGUUGAUUUAAUGAGCAGCAAGAUUUCUGAAGGAGUUUCUGGAUGGGUUUUUGGGCUGGUGACUGUGUUUCUUCUUAUGCAUCCCAUAACUUUCUCGCCUAAAACCCCUGUAACAUUGCUCACCCCAGCUGGAAGUACUUCUGGAGUUAAGGUAGACCCUUAAAGGCAAAAUGGGUAGAACAUGGAUUCUUUUUUUAAUGUGUUUUUACACAGUGCAGCAUUAACCUGCUAAACCGUACCAUCACAUGAUGGAGGUCCUGCAGUGUAACAGGACUCAGGAAAUUGGAUGCUAUGUAAAUGGGAGAGAGCACUAGUAAAAGAGGGGAGGGAAAUGUGUUUCGGGGUUCUCUCCAACCAACGACAGAAUGAGUUCAUAGGAAAUUCAUCCUGUAGGUAGUCUAUGCUGUGGAAGUUAAUGGCAACAGCUCUCCAUCUGCCUUUGAAGCAGCAGGUGUGCUCUGCUGCUGGCAUCUGCUAUUGAGGCAGUCCAGGCACAAGGCGGAUAAUCCCCUGGGCAGCAUCUCUGGUUGAUGUGAGGAAAAUAGAAUUGCUCGUUAUCAAGUGUCAGAGAACCAGGAACCCCAUUUUCAGAGGAGAAAAGGACAGCUGUUUAAAAAUGAAAGGAGCAACAUGGACAAUCAUCUCUGAUUUGAAGCAGAAGACUGUUCAUUGGGAGGGACCAAACAGGGUAAUUCGCAAACUCCAGUUGGAAUAAUAAGCCUUUAUGCCUGGAAUAUGAUUAGGGCUCAUAUCGCUGUGGGUUACUGGCAUUAGAUGAUCAGUUGUACUGGAGUAGGCCUGACAUUCAGCUUGGUGGAGGGCAGGGAGGCUCUCACAAGCUUGGCAGGUAAAUACUGUGUACAACCAUGAACAAGGGUGCUAAGUUACAGGUGCACAUAAAUGUUUGCUGUGAAACACACUUUCAUUGGUUAAGUGCUUUGGCUUGUUUUUUGAAUCAGGUACUUUAUCUUUCUGCAGGAUUUCCUUGCCCAGUACGGGAUAUUAAAGUCAAAAGGAAAAUGGAUGUUGCUUUCUGAAGCCUAAGGUGGUCUGUGGCAGUGCUUGAGCUGUGUGUAGCACAGUACUAAUCGCUGCUUUUGUGGGCCAGGAAUCCAUUGCAGCAGGGAGGUAGGGCAGUGUAUCAGUACUUGGCAUACCAUUUCAUGCCAGCCGUAAAGAUAUUAAUGGUGAUGUGUUGGCCCUGCUUCCCCAUGAAAACAGCAGAUACCCUCGGUGACCUUACAGGAGCUGAGUCAGAGCUCUUGGAGAGGUGCUGAUGCCAGUAAGAGUGACUUGAGUGACUGACAGGGCGGGUGAUGCACAUGGGGAGAAAUAGCAUCCCACAGCACAGCUAUAAAAUAGAGCCCUUCCCCUAUGGAACGAUCUGAGAGCUCAGGUGUGUGCUUUUGUACACAUCCUGUAAGGAAAAAAUGUCUUCUGAGUACAAAGCCGCAAGAAAUGAAAACCAGAGUGGCUCUAGGUCUUGAGCUACUUGCAGAAAAACUACUGCAAGAUUGAGGGACCAGUGGCAAAUCUCAAAGUUUGUGACUUAGGGCCAGAAGCAAAUGUUGCUUGUUUUCCUAUUAGAAAAUUAAUAUUGCAUUCCUGUGCUUUGUAGGAGCUUUGGUAGGUUGUGAGGAAAACUUAUGUCAUGCUGCUGAGGAUUAAUAUAGCCAACAACUUGCACAUAAAUAAGUAAAACUUUGAAAAAAUGGAUUAGAGUUUACUGCUAUAAAUGAGUGAUCAACGGGAAGAAGAAAGAUGUCAAGUUAAGAGGCUUUGACUCCUGUAACACCUAAACUGAAGCUGGCACUGUGCUUUCCUCCGAAAUCUGUCACACCCUGCUGCACAUGUCAACCCUCCCGCAAGUGGCAGCCUGCUGCAAGUGGUAGCCGAGGUGGUGUGGCUGCUGGUGAAGGGAUUCUUCCUGUGUCUGGUUCCCAGUGCAGCUCCCAUGGCCUGUGACGAACCUGCUGCUCCCUCCAGCAUCUUCACGCGCCAGAACUCUGCUAGCGCUGUCUCUCUGGACUUUGAGCCUGAUGCUGACUACAAAUUUGUUGAAACCUUAGAAGACCGGUACAAGUGUGCCUACUGCCACCUCGUCCUUCGCAAUCCCCACCAGACGGGAUGUGGACACCGAUUCUGCCAGCAGUGUAUUCUUUCUUUGAGAGAGUUGAAUGCAGUACCCACCUGUCCUGUUGACAAAGAAGCAAUAAAAAUGCAUGAGGUGUUCAAAGACAACUGCUGUAAAAGAGAAGUUCUCAACUUGCAUGUGUUCUGCAAAAACAUUCCUGACUGCAGUUCAAAAAUAAUUCUGGGACGAUAUCAGGAGCAUCUUCAGCAGUGUUUGUUUGAAAGCGUGCAAUGCACUAAUGAUGGAUGUUGUGAUCAAAUUCUUCGGAAAGACUUGAAAGAGCAUUUGAGCAGGCACUGUAAAUUUCGAGAAGAAAUGUGUCAGUACUGUAAUAAAUAUGUGGUGUUAAUUAAUAUAAAGAAUCAUGAGAAAAAUGACUGUCCUGAUUACCCUGUGCCUUGUCUCCAAAACUGUUCACAAAUAAUUCUGAAAAAGGAGAUUGAAAAGCACCAUGCCGUGUGCCCCGAGGCAGAAGUGGACUGCCCGUAUAAGCAGUAUGGCUGUCUUGUAAAGGUUAAAAGAGGGAAACUUGCUGAACAUGAAAACAGCGCCCUAAGGGAACAUAUGCUGCAGAUUUUAGACAAGAACUCCCAGUUGGAAGAACAGAUAUCUGACCUGUAUAAGAGUCUGGAAUGUAAAGAGAUUAAAAUCCAACAGCUAGCAGAGGCCAUUAAAAAGUGCGAGAAAGAAUUCAGGCAGUUUACACAACUGUUUGGUAAAAAUAGCAACUUGAUGGCUCUGGCCAGUCACCUGGAUAAGUCUGCACGCCUGGAAUCACAAGUCAAACAGCUAAUACAGAUGGCAAACCAGCAACAAAGCAAAUUAGAUUUGCGACCCCUGUUUGACACAAUUGAAAAUGUAAAGCAGAAAAUUGCCCUGAUGGAGACAUACGAUCAGCGCUUGGUUGUUUUGGAAGGUCAGUCCAGCAAACACGAUCUCCAGAUCAAUAUUCACAAAGUACAGCUAAAUAAAAAUGAAGAACGAUUUAAGCUUUUGGAAGGCACGUGCUACAAUGGGAAAUUAAUCUGGAAAAUCACGGACUACAAGAUGAAGAAAAAAGAAGCGGUGGAAGGCCGUGUCCUCUCCAUAUUCAGCCAGCCCUUUUACACCAGCCGCUGUGGGUACAGGUUAUGCGCAAGAGCCUACCUGAACGGGGACGGCUCAGGAAAGGGAACACACGUCUCUCUCUACUUUGUUGUGAUGAGAGGAGAGUUUGACUCGCUGCUGCUGUGGCCUUUCAAGCAAAAAGUUACACUUAUGCUUUUGGACCAAAGUGGGAAAAAAAAUCACAUUGUGGAAGUCUUUAGAGCUGACCCCAAUAGCAGCAGUUUCAAAAGGCCGGACGGAGAAAUGAAUAUUGCCUCUGGAUGUCCACGCUUCGUGCCGCACACGGUCCUGGAGAACACAAAGAACACCUACAUCAGAGAUGACACUCUGUUUUUGAAAGUUGUUGUGGAUUUAACCGAUCUAGAGGAGUUGUGAAAAGCGUACCUGAUCAAUGUGACUGCUUUAACUAUUAAGAAAUGCUUUCUUGGUGACUACCAGCCAUGCAAUAGUGAAUAGCCACUAGUCAAGCUACUGAUAAUGUUUCGAGGCUUUUGGACUGCAUAACAGAUAAUGAAUUGCCAAAGCAUCAGCCCUCCCUUUUUUUAACCUUUUUUUCAAGACUGCGUUUUUAAGGCAGCUAGAAGUCCAGUUUGAUGCGAACACACAUUCGUUCCAGACCUGGCUUGGUCCAGGCUGGAGGGAAUGCUUGGCUCCCAUCACCAGACUGGUGUUUGGAGAUGAAACUCCUCCGGUAAGCCCCUUGGAGCCCAAGCAGGCCUGCGGGCUCCCGUCCCUCACACAGAACUGAUGCCAUGCCCCAGCAUGCAAGUGCUCAUCUGAAAUGGAAACAUUUCAACGUUAGCAUGUUUGAAUCAAUGUAUUAUGAUCCCUCCAGCUCCUGAAUUUUUGAAGCAGGGAGAAUGGCUUCAGCCAGGCAGGGGAAAUAUUUGCCUGGUAUCUUGCAUCUUUUUUUCAUUUUAAUUUUUUUUUUUUCCCCAGAAUGCCCAGAGGAAGAUGCCAAUGCCUCUUACUUUUCUAGCCUGAUGUUUCAGCGGUAUAGAGUACCCCCAGGUCACAAUAGCUUUGUUAUGUCCUUUCCAUUCCUGCCUAGUGCCUUGGGACUGAUUUCCAUUGGUGGUAAACAUCCACAGUCCCCAUGUGAAGUCAAAAGAAGCCGCAGGUGCUUCUCACCUCUCAGGACAUGGCCUGGUACUUGGGGUACUUGGCCAGCUUGCCAGCUCUUGGCUGCUCUGCUGAAAAAAGGGGGACAAAACUCCUGUACCUUUGCUCCAACAUCUGCACAAAAGAGAUGUUUUCUGGUCUACCAGCUCCACAGAAGGCAGGAAGAGCUUUGGGUAUCUGCUUGAGGAAAAGCCCACAUAACAUGCACUGUUCCCCUCAGCUAGAAAUGGGAACGUUUGGGAAAGAAGGAGGAAAAUGGACUAGGGAAUGAGGUUGCCAUAAGAACCCAGGUCUCACAGGUAGUGCAGCUCUAGCAUUUGUUAAAAGAUGAGACAGCUGCUGAGUAAUGACCACUAACUCUGAAGUACUUCUAAAGAUCUUAAUUUUUAUUCCAGGUUCCCUCAAAGGGAAUAUGUGCAUUGUAUGGGGUUUAUUGGAGACGCACUAAAAACACCAAGAUCAGGCACUGAGGACCAAGUGACAAAGAAUACAUGUGCCUUUUUAAAGCCUUUUGGAUGCCUGUAAGAGGGAUGUAAUUUUGCACACUCGGUUGUUUUGUUAUUAUAGGUGACAGAAUUUUGUGUCUUUCAUCUCUCACAGAUCAGGUAGCGAAACAUCACAACGUUAUCCACUGCUCCUGCAGUCCACUGGCCGAGAAAACACGGAGCUUGACAAGAGACAUCAAGAAUCCAAGCUGAGUUUAGAGUAAGAGUAAACUAGGCAGGAUAAAAACCAAAGUGGGGCAGAGACUGCAAGAUAGAAGGUAGAAAAUUCAAGGGGGCAGAUGUGGCAAAAUCAAAAAUGCCCUUUCUGCUCGGGAUGUUGAUAUCAACUGAAAUAAUACAGUUUGGGAAUUGACACUAAGACAAAGGCAAAAUACCAUAGUUUGUAUCUGCAGCCUCACUGCUAGGCAUUUACUUUCCCACACAGUUUCUAGGACAUAAUUCAGACGCAAAUAUUUUCAGAUUUGGGGGUGGGAGAGAGGAGACCCUAGUUAUAUGUACCUCAUGGUAAGUUAGCACAUCUGAAAUCUUCGUUUUGAUCUAGAUGUCCUUUUUGUUGCACGGUGCCAGGACAUACUGGGCCACUGUUGGGGUUUUCUGUGUUCCCAGGGACAGAUGAGGGUGAGGUGAGACAGGUGAGGGACAGAUUUUAUUCUUCGUACAACCACGACUGACUUUAAGAGUCAUUUUGGCUGUACAACAGAGAGAAUUAGGCCUCCUGUCCUUAACGCUUCAUUACAGGAAGAGCAUGCUUGGUUUGAAAAUGGUGUGGCAUUCUAGGACGUCAAUCCCGAGCCUCAGACAUGGUCUUCAUGUCAAUUAUUACUUUAAUAUUUGUCGGGUAACUUUUAAAGUGGCACAGUUUGCAUAAUAACCACUAAUAACUGAUGGAAACAUACCACCCAUGUUUCCUGAGACUCUACAGUACUUUAAGUGUAAAAUACGGAAAAGAGUUAAAUAACUUGGACACUGAAGGGAGGCAAGAGGGGAAGGAUGCGGUCUGUGUCCUGGCAAAUUCUCAGCCCUCUCUGCCUCUACCACCCCAAGCAUAAAAUGGGGAUAAUAAUACUUGCAGAAGCGUUAGGACUAUUUAAAUGUUUGUAGAGAAAUUUGAGCAUGAAAAGAGCUAAGUAUUAUUAAAACUCCAUUUCUAAUUGUUAGAGUAGGUGAUGGCAUAGUGAUGUGGAUAAGUGUUUAAUGUGUUCCUGGACAGAUUUUGAAAGCAUGUUAGGUAUUAGAGAAUCCGUACUGCAAUCUCUCCUCUACCUACCAGUUAGGUUUAGGUUUUUGCCACGAAUAUUCCUUUUAAAAUUUUGAAGCACAAAUGAUUCAUCCUGGGUGAUGGAAAUAUCCCUUUUGAAAUACUGCCUGUUUUAUAAAGAAUUAGUUGAGAAAAUUAAUUUUUUUAAAGACAACCGUCUUUGAAUUGGUUCUUUUUAUUACAAGAAUUGAGAGUUUUAUGUUAAAAUUUUCAGCGAUUUUUACUACUUGUAAACAAAUAGGAUUUUAAAUUUCAUCCCAUUCCUAAUAAUGAAAAAAUAUGUUUUAUCGCAUGAACUGUUGGGAAGAAUUUUGAUGUUGCAUGAAAGACACCAAAAAACUUUUCAGUAAUAUUGUACUGGGUAAGUAACCAAAAGAGCAUAGGGUAUUUCUACAUCAGCAUACAGUAUGUUUUUAAUGUAUUUAUUGACAGUUUGUAGUUGUUUGAAUAUCUCUUACUACUAUACAGGCAUUUUUCUAGCCAAAUGUCAUCACUGUAUAUGUAAACUAAUGUAAGAAUAAAUAAUUUUAGCAUUCUU